GACUAUGAAAAUGAAUAUAAUAUGAGGGAAGUCAUUUAAAUGAGUUUUAAUAGCGACGUAUCUGCAAUAUACUGUGUCUGUGGCACUUUAAUGUUCCAUUGCCAUUGUGAUUUAUAUAAUAAGGCAGACUCGUUAAAUCCUCCUUACUGACUUUGCGUUUAUUGACAUAUUUAUUGCUGUCGCCAACAUUUCAGCAUCUCCCCGCUUGAUUUAAUCGCAGCAAAUGUAACGAUUCUGUGCAGCUCUAUUUACAUAAACGCGUGCUUAAAAGACAUUGGGUUUGAUCGUGUAGAUAUAUAAGAAAAUAACCAAAGUGUUUUGAAUUUCACGGAAGCAGAUGAAGUCGUUUGAUUAAUAUUCGCUGCGUAUAAUCAUGCAGUGGUCUGAGAGAUGGCCUCUUGCUCUGAGUUUUGUGGGUCCAGUCACGUGGUCAACUCCGGCUGUCAUGUUUUCGGAGUGCGUUCUUAUUUGCACCACUUCUACGAGGAGUGCACAGCCUCAAUGAGGGAGCAGCAGGAGGACUUUCAGGACCAGAGAUCAACGCUGCGGUGGAGCUCAAGCUUCUGGAAGGUCACACUUGCCGUUGGUGUCAUGCUCCUGUCAUUGGGGCUGGUGGUCAUGACAGUGGGCUAUUCCAUCCCCACUCGCAUUGAGGCUUUUGGCGAGGGCGAACUGCUGUUUGUGGACCACCAGGCCAUACGUCACAAUCGCUCGCUACACAUAUGUGUGCUGGUCGGGACAGGGCUUCUCACUCUGGGUGGGGUUCUGAUGGCAGGUGGAAUCCUGAUGUCUAACUUCUCCAUAACUCCCACAAAGCAGGAAGACUCAAGAGGAGAACGGAAGAGGGGAACCAGGAGCCCAGCAGACCCUGUAAUGAAGCACCCCAGCCCAGUCUCUAGUGACGGAGGAGUAUCUCCUCUCACUAGGGACGAUAAGGUUCAGCAGUGCUCGUAAAAGAGGUGUGUGACAAUACCCGUUCAAGAGUGCUGUCAGUGUGAUCAAAAAAAAAAGCUUGUGUAGAUUUGGGAGUCUUAUUUGUGUUUGAUAAUUAUAUGCUAAGCUAAUUAAAUUGACAUACUUGUGCCAUCUGUUGUCAAGCACAAUAAUUAUUGUCAAAAUAGUUUUUGUAUUUUUGUAUAUUAUACAGUAUUGAUCAAAUGAAGAGCCACCGAGUGGUUAAAGGGCAGUAAAAGAAAGUUCAGAAUAGUUUGGGGUCAGUAAGUGUUUUAUUUUAUUUUUUAAGAAAUUAAUACUUUUAUUUAUCAAGGAUGAUUCCAACUGACGGUAAAGACUUUUUACAUUCAUAACUUUGUAUUUAUCAGUGUAUCACAGUGUCCAUGAAAAUAUGAAGCAGCACAACUGUUUUCAACAUUGCUGAUAAUAAUAAAUGUUUUUUUGAACAGCAAAUCAAUAUUUUAGAAUAAUUUCUGAAGGAUCAUGUGACACUGAAGACUAGAGUAAUGAUGCUGAAAAUUCAGCUUUUGAUCACAGGAAUAUAUUGCAUUUGAAGAUAUUUUAAAUUAAUAAAUUGUAAUAAUAUUUCACAGUGUUAGUUUUUACUGUAUAUUUGAUUAAAUCAAUGCAGUCUUUGCAAGCAAUAAAAAUCUUCAAAAAAAUCUUACCCAACUUUUGAACAGUAGUGUAUGCAUAUAAAACAUAAAAUAUUAAAAGUCAUAAAUAGCUAAAUAUUGAAAGCAUCUCCUGUGCCCGGUAUGCAUCUUUUAAAGUGUAAAGAUGAUUUCUGAAAGAGAAGACCAGUUACAUUCAGGAUGUAAAUAUGCAUUUAUAAAACCAAUUGGAAUUCAGAAUGUCAUCGCCGUUGGAAUCUGAAUGCUGAAGGUUCUAAACAAAAGUUUGAAUGGAGUCUGAUGUUAAGAUGUUCAGGUUGACUUAAUUCAGGAAGAGGUUUAAACGUUAGCAUUAUUCGUUUAGAACAAACCCUGUGGAGAAUGUUUGAGCAAUAAUAAUACAGCACUGCCUUGCAAACACUCGAAAUGCCAGUCAUAAUAAUAUACACAAUCUGGCACAAACCUACUCUCACUGUCUCUAUUCCUGGAUCCCUGGAGUCUUUUUAAUCAGAUAUUCAGCCCUUAUGCAUUACAAAUCAGGUAAUAGUCUUGUUCUCACACAAUUUUUGCUCUUUACUCUUUCACAAAAUGCACUUGUGUGAAAGUGGAAAUGGGAUUUACUGUACACAACAUCAUAAUUGUCUAGUCUCAUCGUCUCAUUAUGUUAAUGUAUAUUAAUGCUCUUCUCUGAACAAGCCCAAUAAAUAAAUGUCAGGAUACUCAA